AUGGAUGAUCGGUUAGAGGAGAUGCUUCGUGAUGUGGAUCCAGAAUCAUUCAAGCGUGCACAUAUGUAUGAAACUAUUUGCAACGAUUUGGAGAAGCCGUUGUAUCCAAACUGUACAAAAUUCACAAGACUUUCAGCGAUAUUAAGAUUGUUCAAUUUGAAGGCAAGAAAUGGAUGGAGUGAUAAAAGCUUCACAGAAUUGUUAGAGCUACUGAAAGAAAUGCUUCCAGAGGGUAACACAUUGCCUAAUCGUAACUACGAGGCAAAAAAGGUGUUGUGUCCUAUGGGUUUGGAGUAUAAGAAGAUACAUGCGUGCCCAAAUGAUUGUAUGUUAUAUCAUGGUGAGUUUGAAGGGUUGCAUCAAUGUCCAAGAUGUGGGUUGUCACGAUAUAAAAAGAAACAAGAUGAUUCUGAUUAUGAUGUGAGCACUAAGGGUCCUCCAGCGAAAGUUUUAUGGUAUUUGUCAAUUGUUCCGAGAUUAAAACGUUUGUUUGCUAAUGCGGAUGAAGCAAAGCUAAUGAGAUGGCAUGAAGAUGAAAGGAAGCGUGAUGGAAGUCUUAGGCAUCCAGCAGAUUGUUUGCAAUGGAAAAAAAUUGAUUCUAUGUUUCCAAAUUUUGGCAAGGAGCCAAGAAAUGUGAGGCUUGGACUAGCUACGGAUGGAAUGAAUCCGUUUGGUAACUUAAGUAUUAAGCAUAGUUCAUGGCCUGAUAUACUCACUGUUGCCAUUGGGAAGCCCGAGCACACAGGUCGAGUUCGGGCAGCAGGUAGAGGUCAUACCUUGCAAACUUACUUUGGACCACAGUCAUCUUCACAUUCAUCUGGGUCAGUGGACCAGUUGCUAGAAUUGAAGAGAGACAUAGAUAUGGAACAAGAAGGAGAAAGGAGAGAGGAGAAUAGACAACAAGUCCAACGUGCAGCACAACAACAACAACAACCACCGCAGCAGCAGCAGAAAUGUCCACGCUGUGAUUCCAUGAACACCAAGUUCUGCUACUUCAACAACUACAGCCUCUCACAACCUCGUCACUUCUGCAAAACAUGUAAAAGGUAUUGGACACACGGUGGAACCUUCAGGAACAUACCCGUAGGUGGUGGUUCCCGCAAGGGGAAACGUGCCAGAACUUCUGCGUUUUCCAACGCACUCUCCCUCACGCAAGCACAGCCAAAUUUGCUGAGGCCUUCACCUUCUCCACCCACCAUGCUUCAUUCAGCUAGCUCCUUUUACCAACUUGCUGGUGCUGGUGUUGGUGUUGGUGUUGGCGUUGGUGGAAGUGGGUUUUUGUCUUCUCUGGCAACGCUUCACUCUCUCAACUCUUCACGUCCUUUCAAUCAUCACUAUCUCAAAGUUGGGGUUGCUGGGGAUGUUGCCGGUUCUUCUUCUAACUCUUCUCUUCUCUCUGGCUUCAACGCUGCUUCCAAUUCCCUUCCACCGCGGUUCCACCACAUGGGUAGGGUGGAAUCUCUCUAUCCUACACAACAACGUUUGGUUAUUCCAUCGAACGUGGGGGCUAGUGCCACUGGCUCUCACACUACUCAACUUCCACAAAGCUUGAUCGUGAGUAAUAAUAAUGCUACCAAUGCCUCUUUGUGGAGCACUACUACUAUCACCGCCAACGGUAAUAACUCUGAUCAGAACAAUGUCAAAGCUGGUGGUUCUUCUUUGAUCCCAAAUCAUUGGCUUCAUCUCCCUGGGUAUGCUCCUCCUCAAUAAUUCUAUAUCCUUGGAGUUGGAAUUUAGAGGGUAAUUUGUUUCGUCUUUCUUUGUUUUUCCUUCUAGUAUAUCAUAAUAAGGUUGCGGGAUAUGUAUUUGAUUCAUUAUCUGGUUGGUUGUGAAAACAUUGGACGGAAGAGGAUUUUAUUGUUAUGGGGUGAAGUUUCCUUUGUCUUGUUCAACGGAAGUGGAACUGCUAAUUAAGGUGGCUUAUAUGGUGAAGAUAAACGAGGUGAAAAUCUUCGUCUAAAACUUGAUGGAAGACCUGGUUCCCCAUGAAUUGUGCAUGUGGGGGUUACUAAAUCCCUUCUCAAUUUCUUUUUAGCUCCAGAAUCUAAAUGCUUGGUCCCUUAUUUUUUUAUUUAUUUUGCAACAUAAUUGUGUGCUGCUUAAUGUUGUGAUUACGCUUCCAAGUGUACUUUCACAACUGAAUGUCAAUUUUUUCC